AUGGCGGAUCCCUCUUCGCCAGCGAACACGGAUGGCCCACUCCCCAAGCCGGUCUCAGCCUUGAUCCACGAAGAACAGCAGCACCCACGUCGGGAUGUGGCCGAGAUAUCGUCCAUUGUCACACGGCCACCUGCGUAUGACCCAAUACGGAUGCAUGUCUCCCCAUCACCGUCGUCGCGCAAUGCUUCGACACGUAGCAGUGCACCUCUGCUCAACAAGACAUCACCGGUGCCAGAAGGCGUUGAAGAGGAGACGGGAUUAGCAGAAUGGGCACGCACGCACCGGUCUCAAAUUCCAGCAAGGUUGGAGGCCAAACUGGCGGCUGCUGGGUAUGUUCCUACAGACAACCCUGAUAGCAUCUCGGAAGAGGAAUGGUUGCGCGAGUAUGGAGUGACAAAGUUUGAGCUGGCCAGAGUUCGGACGCUGUACCAAAAGUCGACCGCGGCUUGA